UCGGUGACGCAUUAUUCCCGCGAAACUCGGUUUUUUCUCUGAAGCUAAAGUCAAAGUAAAGACGUUUGCAAUGAGUAAAAAAGACAACGGAGCUUCACUUAUCCUGGCCUAUCUGAAUGAGAAGAACCGGCCCUACAGUGCUCAGGAUGUCUUUUGUAACUUACAAAAGCAGCACGGAUUGGGCAAAACGGCAGUUGUCAAGUCCAUGGAGCUGCUGGCGCUGGAGGGCAAGAUAAAGGAGAAGACGUACGGCAAGCAGAAGAUUUAUUUUGCAGACCAGGCUCAGUUCAGUGACGUUAAUGAUGCAGACCUGAAGGCCAUGGACUGUCAGAUCUCAGAGCUCAGUGCCGAGGUGCAGUCACUUACCCAGAGCUGCAGACAGCUAGACGCAGAGCUGAAGGAGCUCAACAGCUCUCUGACAACAGAGGAAAUGAUGUCAGAGAUUCAAGAGCUGAAAGCGGAGUGUUCUGGGUACAGAGAACGUCUGGAGAAGAUCAAGUCGGCCACAAAUCACGUCACACCAGAAGAGAAAGAGAAGGUUUACAAAGAGCGGACUGUAUACGUGAAGGAGUGGAAAAAAAGGAAGAGAUUGGCUUCAGACAUGAUAAAUUCAAUCCUGGAAGGGUAUCCUAAGAGCAAAAAGGAGUUCCUGGAUGAAGUCGGAGUGGAGACUGAUGAGGACUGUAAGGUGGUUGUUCCAAGUACUUGAAAGAACAAGAAAACACUUGUUCAUCCACUUCAUCAAUGCAAGCCUGUGCAGUGCUUAGCUAAGAAUAUGGAUUAUACAUCAGGGCGGUCUGAGCCACAGCAAAAUCUUUAUUUAUUUAUAGCCUUUCUUUUGAACAAAUAAUACAUCU